CAUGUGUGUCCCUGUGUGUGUGUGUCACAGGAUCCAGUUGGCCAGUGUUCGGCUGACAAUAGGCCUCUGGCUCUGGAAAAGAGAAUCACUGAAAUAUGGAUGAGGAAAUCCACACCUGUUUCCAGGUAACCAAGGCAGGGAUUCUGAACCGUGACUGUGUGUGUGUGUUCACUUGCCCGUCGACACACACACGCUCUGCCUUACCUGCAACCAUCUGGAAGCAAUUUGUUUUGGUGAGAGCGUCGUAACCUGGAGGAGCCGGGGUGAACCGCUUCGAGUCCCAAAAGUUCUGCGCGGUUAGCUGAAUGAUUGAAAAGACGGGGAAACUGGCCUGAAGCGAGACCAGCCCAACUGCCCGCGGAGCUUUUGGUGGAGGCCGAGAAGGUCACAGCAUUAACCGGCGCAACCAUGAAUCCAAUGUGGAAAGUUUACAAGAGCAAAGUGAUGAAGACUCUGAACCCUGAAUACGAAGAGGACACAGUGGAAGAGGUCUGUGACGUCGCGCACGGUAUGACUCCGGUGCAGGAGGACGAUGGGCCCAGCGCGGUCACACAGUUGGCGCGAAAAGUGCAGGGGGCAGGAACCAGAAGUUGGGUCAGACUCUCCGCUCUGUUUAAUAGAGAGGACGAGCAUCAGCUCUUGGAGGAGACGGAGAGUCCACCAGUCGCUGACCACCCACUUGCAGUGAAACCUGAGGAACCGCCGCGGCCCAACCGGCGCACGGGAUUUUGGGAUAGUUUUGCAGCAAACUGGGCCAAAAAGCAGGCGGAAGCAGCAGCUGCAGCCGCUGCUACCAACGAGGGCGCGACAGUCCAGGGAGAGGAGGAAGCGGUGCAGACCGCUGGAGAGGAGAGGCACGACGGGCAGGUGACGGAGGCGUGUGAGGCGGCGGAGGAGGAGGAGGAGGAGGGGGGCGGAGGAGGAAGAGCUAGCAGCAACAACAGCUUUUCCAAAUAUGUCUCCCUGGGAGGAGGAAGUGAAGAGGCGUCCUUCAAAUGGAACUUUGUGACCAGCAAACUGGCUGAGCUGAAGACCAAGAGCAUGACCAAGGCUAACUGAAGUACCCACUCUCUCGUAACAUUAUGACCACCUGUGAGCGCGUUAACUCCAGUGAGUUCGAGCGAGUGGAUGACCACGCCACUCUCCUGACCACUUUUGAGGAACACCUCACUUCAGCUCCCCUAAAGAUCAGGUUUAAACAGGUGGUUUCAAACAAGUUUUUUUUUUACUGUGCCCUUGUAUUCAACAAUCUAGUUUUCCCAUUGAAGCCUGCCUUUAUGUCCUUGCUGUCUGAACCCACCGCCAGCGAAACUGACCAACAGCUUGGUCGAUCUGAAUGUGGUUUAUUGAUAUACCAAAGGCACAUUACUGCUUCCAUAGAGCAAUGAUGAAACCUUUACUUGAAAUGUGUGUGACUUUUUUUUUUCUUUCUGUUAGCAGUGGUUGUUUUUUUUUUUUCUUUUUUUUCUGGAAAUUGUAACGUCUGGAUGGACAGACUCACUCCAGCGCAGGGAUAGUGUUCGGUUGUAAACAUGGUUCCUUGAGUUGAGUUUCUUGCUCACAACCCUGUGUGUAUGGCAUCAAUUAUUGCAGUGAAUAGAAACAAGACACUAAGAUGUGACGGAAUACCCCUUGGCACUGUCUUCAGCCCGCUCCUCACCUCAUAGUAUAGUUUUCUGGGAGCAUUUUCCACAUUUAGAUCCUCACUUGGUAGUAUUACAUUUUUAUUUAAGAAUUUCAGACCAAAAAUCUGUGUAUUAUUCACCUUAAAAUGCUCAAUACUGAGAUCAUACUAUCUAUAAAACUAGAUGUAUUGUGUGAUUCAGUGCAACCUGAAAGACACAAGACUAGUCCUAGUAUUUAUUAUUCCUCUCACAAAUCAAGUCACUUUCACAGGACUCUUCCUUGGUUGAGGUCGCGAGGUGAAACAUGCAAGUGAGGUCCUGCAGUGCUGUUUUACAAGAGAACAGGGGGCGACACCUAUCAACAAACUUGACCUAAUCUCAUGUUUAGCCUCAACUGGAUUAAGAGAUUGCAGGCACUGAUAGCUGGAUUAGUGCAGGAUUAGUUGAGCGGACACGUUGGAGGGCCAGUGGCGAGUUGUGGCGGGAUUUAACAACUUAAUGAUAAUAAUCUGCCGACAGAAAUCUUUGUCUCUUUUCGCCACUUCAUUCCGAAUGAUCCGGUUUCAGUAUGAAGUUAUUGUUUGUAUGAAUUGACUUUGUGAGUGAGACAGAAGUUGCGACUUU